UCCAUGACACACACCAGUGCACCCAUUCAAACAUAAAAGCUACCAGAGAAUUUCUCUCUCAUCUAAUCAUGGCUCCAUAUCUCCUCCUUGUCCUGCACACUCUUUUCUUCCUCACUGGACUGUCAGGUAUUCACGGUGUGUCCACAGUGAGUCAUGUGUCUGUACGUGAAGGAGGCUCCAUCACCAUCCCAUGUCUCUAUCAUCAUGGCUCUGAAAAACAUGUGAAAUACUGGUGUAGUGGAUAUUUUUUCAAUUUUUGCUCUACUCUAAUACGUACUGACUCUCAGAGUGCAUCUAAUGGGUUGUCCAUCGCUGAUCAUGUUACUACAAGAGUCUUCACUGUGACCAUGAAGAAUCUGCAACUAGGGGUCUCUGGAUAUUUCUGGUGUGCUGUGGAGAAAGGUGACACCACAUAUCUAUAUCUGUCAGUUGCCACAGGUACUGCAGGGCUCUAUGUGGACCAACAACAUGUGGCUGGAGUUGAAGGACAGAGUGUCACUGUCAAUUGUAACUAUCAUAACUCUGGAGAUUUCUGCUGGUGCAGGCUGGGUGGCUCUUGCGUGGAGAAGAGUGUUGGGAAUUUAGAUGGAGCAUCAGUAGAAUUAAAGCGGAUUCUUGCCAAUGGAAAAAAAGUCAUGAUCGUAACGAUGAGUCAACUAACAAUUAAGAACACUGGCUGGUACUGGUGUGCAGUUGGAGAUCUACAGAUGCCUGUUCAUAUCACUGUUAACCAACCAACCACAACACAGAGUAACACCACCACCACAAACCAGAACAAUGGGGGAACUGACGAGAAGCGACAGGAAAGGACCCAGAGUUUGCUGGUAGUCCUGCUCAUUCCUCUGAGCCUGUUGGUGGUGGUGAUAGCUGUUACCUUGCUCACAUGGAAGAUGUUGAGAAAACAUGAGUACAAGAAGGCAAAGGACCAACCAACAAACACCUCAGUACAGUCUGCUGACCCUGAGCAGAACAUUACCUACAGCACUGUGAGUCACAUCAGAGGAUCAACACAACAGGGUCUAAACUCUGAGAGCCACGGUGACUUGUACAGCACUGUGAUUCCUAAGCAGCACAGGACAGCACAAAGGGCAGCAGAACCAGAUGUUGUGGUCUACAGCACAGUGGCCUAACACCAGAGAUAGGUCUGUGUAAUCCCUGCAAACCUUCAUGUUUCCUAUUUCCUUUCCGUUGGUGCACUUGACAUUUUAUCUGCACCUUCUGACAAACUGAUCGUUGUCCAUCAGUAACCUAUACGACUGGUAUGUUCACCGAUAACUGAAGGUUCACUUUCUCUCCAGCAGGAGGCAACAGAACAACAGAGACUGAGUGUAGUCCCUCCAAAUUACAAAUAGGUCGUGUUCCAUUUUACUCCCUAGCUCUUACCUCUUUGGGGGCUACUGAUCUGGAAGGACUGAAUAGGACUAAUGCCUGUCUAUCACAGUCUUGUUCUUUUCCAUUGUGCAGGCUCUGCUGGCUUAAUUAUGCCAGUGAUUGUGUAUUCUAGACAAAGGCAGAUUAAUUGAGUGUAAUUUUUGAUUUCCUGAAGUUUAAUGUACACCCUGAUCAUGUGUAUUUCAAUGCUUCAUAUCUGAAAUAAACUACUUUAACAAGA